UUGUCGAAACGAACACUUGACUUGAUCCGGUGUAGGACACCGAUCCGAGCCCUCAUCCAUCGCUGCCUCUCCGGCUGCUACUGCAGCGACGAUUACGGAUUCCUACUAGUUCGACGGCGCCGGCGCCGGCGGCGGCCUUCGUUAGCUCUAGCGAAGUUCACCGCAUAGUGGCAGCGAACCUUCGCUGAGCUCUUUGAUGGAGACUAACGCCCUUGCCGCCUCCUAUUCUCUCAGAUCCGGCGUCCGCCCCUCCUCCUCCGUACCACUCCCCUCCACGCAUGGACUUCCCUGCAAACAGCGACACGGACAGGGUUUCCUCCUAUAUUCCUUCCGUGACUCGUGUCUACCGGCCAGCCGUAGAGCUGGAUCGUCGGUGGCUUUCGUUCCCAGGGCCGCAGCCGAGGUGCGCGAUGGAAGGCCGAGCCUAGGUGGCGGGGAAGGAGGACGAGGAAGAGGAGGGAAGAGAGUUUUACGACAGUCUCAGGCACAUACGACCAGCCCAUCCUUGCCCGUGAAAGAAAUUGCGUCAUUUGCUGUGCCGGCUGGAGCGUUGCUUGCUGUCAGUUUUGUUUUAUGGAAGGUGGCUGGAAAACUAAUCAUGCCAAAACCAAAGGGCUCAACAUCUGAGAUUAAAAAAACUCCGUCGCUUGGACUUAAGUGGUCCUUUUCCCCUGGGACUAACUUGCUAUCAGGUGGUGCUGCAAAACUUGAAAAAGAGUCCAGGCAAAAACUAAAUGAGUUUUCCAAGGAACUUAGAACAUUCAGAAGUGUUGACUUGUCAGGUCGUAACUUUGGUGAUGAUGGUCUGUUUUUUCUUGCUGAAAGCCUUGGUUACAAUCAGGCAGCAGAGGAAGUGGAUUUUUCUGGCAAUGGGAUUACAGCAGUUGGCCUAAAGGCACUUGAUGGUGUUCUUCAGACGAAUACCAUGCUUAAAACUCUGAACCUAUCAGGAAAUAAUAUUGGCGAUGAAGGAGCUAAGUGCCUUUCAGAUAUUUUGAAGGUGAAUGGAGGUAUUCAGAAACUCCAGCUAAACAGUUCGGGUAUUGGAGAUGAGGGUGCAAGGGUUAUUGCAGAUAUGCUGAAAGAAAAUCAAACUUUACGUGUGCUGGAGCUUAACAAUAAUAUGAUUGAAUAUUCUGGUUUUGCAAGUCUUGCUGGAGCACUAGUUGAGAAUAAGGCAAUUCGAUCUAUACAUCUCAAUGGCAACUAUGGUGGUCCACUUGGUGCUGCAAGUCUAGCCAAAGGAAUUGAAGGAAAUAAGUCUUUAAGGGAACUUCAUCUUCAUGGAAAUCUUAUUGGAAAUGAAGGUGUUCGAGCAUUGAUAUCUGGUUUAUCUGCUCAUAAAGGAAAAAUAACACUUCUAGAUAUUGGCAACAAUGAGAUUGGUCCCAAAGGCGCCUUUAGCAUCGCUGAGUAUGUUAAGAAAACUAAGUCCUUGCUAUGGCUGAAUCUUUACAUGAAUGACAUUGGCGAUGAGGGAGCUGAAAAGAUUGCAGAUGCUUUAAAAGAGAACCGCACAAUAACUACAAUAGAUUUGGGAGGUAAUAACAUCCAUGCAAGUGGAGUGAGCAUGAUCGCUAAAGUACUGAAAGAUAAUUCUGUCAUUACAACUCUGGAGCUAAGCUAUAACCCUAUCGGUCCUGAUGGAGCAAAAGAUCUAUGUGAAAUUCUAAAAUUCCAUGGGAAAAUAGAAACAUUGAAGCUUGGUUGGUGUCAGAUCGGACCAAAGGGCGUUGAGUAUGUUGCAGACUGUUUGAAGUACAAUACGACAUUAUCAACUUUGGAUCUACGGGCAAAUGGACUUGGAGAUGAUGGUGCAGUCUGUCUAGCACGCAGUUUAAAAGUUGUUAACGAAGCUCUAACGUCACUUGAUUUAGGUUUCAAUGAGAUAAGAGACAGAGGAGCUUUUGCUCUAGCUCAGGCAUUAAAGGCGAAUGAAGAUCUUGCUGUUACAUCCUUGAACCUUACAAGCAAUUUCCUUACUAAAUACGGACAGGUAGCUCUUACGGAGGCUCGAGAUCAUGUAUUUGAGAUGAAUGAGAAGGAGAUAAACAUCUUCUUUUAGCUGCCAUCAUGUUCUUAGCUUCCUCCUCUCCGAUGCCAUUGCCUGUUCCUCUGUAGAUUUUUUUUUUUGAAGUCACACUGGUUGUUCCAGUGUACAUCAGCUUCAUAUGAAGAUCUUACUAUACUUAGGAGUAGACAAAUUUUCGAUCUAUUUGGCUGUAUCAUUUUUUUUUAGGUGAACGAUGUCAGAAAUCAUCUAUUCAAUGCAUUUUCUGAAAACGGAAUGUUAUUUACUUGAUUAUAUAUGCUCUAACACUUGCAGAAA